GUACUCGGCAAAAAACAUUAAAAUAGAGAACAAAUAGAAUCUCGAAUAUCAAAUAUUCUAAAAUGAUUUUCCUCAAAGCGCGCGAUUAAUUUGUAAUGCCAUUUACGGGCAUGCGGUCGUAAAACUGAGCCUAUUGACUUUAUAUAACCAGCACAUUGCGGCCGGCGCACGAUACUGUGCAGUGUGCAGUGCGGCGCGGAGACAGCUCGGCUCGGCUGCCCAACGUCAGCUCCGAUAUGCUAUAACUAAUGACAACCGUCCGGUAAGAUAAUUACUAAUUUAUCUAUUAAUUACGCACAUAAAUUCUAGGUUUUGUCACUUACAUGAAGCGUGCAUCAAAACCAAAUAGGAUUUACAGUGAAAUUUUUGUCAUAUUUGAGCAGUGGAAUGUCGAGGGCUAUAGCGGCGGCGAUGGCUCUGGUGGUGGCGUGCUUGUGUCUGGCGGGGCGCGUGCGGGGUACGGUGAGCUGCCGUACGGCAUGCGCCCAAUGCACCGCGCGCACCGAGCACCAGGCGUUGCUCGAGGUGUACUGCGCCAUGUGCCACGAGUGCCGCGAGCGCCGCCGCGCCUGGAGGCACUUCGCGCCGCGCAGGCGCAAGGCGCCCAGCCUCAAGCCCAGUCAUAGAGCCAAUUCCGCAGAUGGUAGAAUUUCCGGACGAGUCGCCGGACGGGCCGCCGGAGGGGCCACCAGAGGGGCCGCCAGAGGGUCCGCGCUGCCCGGAGCCGCCGCCAUGCGACUCGGAGCUGCUGGAAAGCUCUCCGGACACGCUGAUGCCGACGACGCCGCAGCGCGCGCCACCCGUCCCGCCACCCCCGGCCCCGCCCCCAGCGCCCGCGCAGCCGCUGGCGGGGGGCGCGCCCUGCUGUCUGCCGAUGUGCCCCUACGCGCAGCCCUACGCGCAACCCUGCGCCGCGGAUCAUUCGCCACAGAAGAUGACGUUACCGGAACCGACCUCGGCCGCGCCCACUGAGUACUUCUACAUACACGUCGGUGUCCCCAAAGAUAUUUUAAACAACAUGUAAAAUGUACAUAUGUUAUUUAUGUAUAAUCCAUUGUUUUAAACAUUCAAGUUAGUUCAUAGAAGUAGGUUAAGUUUAUUUAAGAAAUACCAUACAAAAUUGAAAGUAAUUUUCCACAAAACUCUAAGAAAAAUUACAAUAAUUCCAUAAUAACAAACAAAGCAUAAUACGUGGCUAACAUAUAGUACAUGUAGUAGAGGCAUCAGCCAGUAGGACAGCAAAGCAAACACGUCGCAAUAGUAACUGACGUGACGCAAACCGAAUGCUAACGAACAAACAUAAUAUAGCGAGCAAACGUCGCUGCCGGCCGCUUAAUGCCGGCGCUCACCAUGCGCCACCAACGGCGAAUGCGGCGUACGGCGUGCGGUGUGCGGCGAUAUUUGUGCUACAUAAUAACACGAAAGGAAAAAUAAUUCAGCCUAUCUACAGAAUAUUUAAUUAACUUUAUUUACAGGGAGCUAUUUUACUACCGUCUACUAUAAAUGGUACUGUCAGGUACAAAACACACGAAUCUAACAUGAGCGCUUGAGAGUUCAUAUAAAUAUACAAACACGUGUGGCUGUAAACGAGUAAAUUAAAUUAAGUUACAAUAAUUGUACAUACAUUAUUGUGUUUGAUGACUUGUUCUAAAUAAACACAAUACAGACGAGUUAUUUAUUUGAACACAUAAUUACAUACAAUACUACGUAGAUAAGGUAAUGUUGUGGUCCGCAUGUUUAUUAUUUCCUGGUACAGCCGCGUCUAAUGUAAUGUAUUCUUUGGACAAAGGCAACAAAGCUGUACUGGUUAUUUCUUUACUAAUUCUCUAAAGAUUACUAGCAGUUAUCUAUAU